AUGGCUUCCUUUGUCCUAUACUCCUUACUAUCUGUCGUUUUUCUCUAUUUUGUUUGUGUUACCUUGAGGAAGCGUCACCGUGUGCGGCUCCCUCCUGGUCCGAAACCAUGGCCGAUCAUUGGUAACUUGCCGCAUAUGGGACCUAUGCCUCACCAAGGUUUAGCCGCCAUGGCUAAAGUCUAUGGCCCUCUCAUGCACCUAAGGUUGGGGUUCGUGGAUGUUGUGGUGGCGGCGUCCGCAUCCGUGGCGGCUCAGUUCUUGAAAGUCCAUGACUCUAACUUCUUGAACAGGCCGCCGAACGCUGGUGCCAAGUAUGUGGCGUAUAAUUAUCAGGACCUUGUGUUUGCGCCGUAUGGGCCGAGGUGGCGACUGCUACGUAAAAUCAGCUCCGUUCAUCUGUUUUCAGGCAAGGCUUUGGAUGACUUUAGACACGUUCGCCAGGAGGAGAUAAGGGUGCUUGUACGAGCAUUAGCAAGUGCAAAAACCAAGGUGAAUUUAGGCCAACUUUUGAACGUAUGCACAGUAAACGCGCUGGGGCGAGUGAUGAUGGGGAAAAGGGUAUUCGGAGACGGCAGCGGCGCCGCCGAUCCGAAAGCGGACGAGUUCAAAUCGAUGGUGGUGGAGCUGAUGAAGUUGGCCGGCGUUUUCAACAUCGGCGACUUCAUCCCGGCGUUGGAAUGGCUGGAUUUGCAAGGGGUGCAAGGUAAAAUGAAGAAACUCCAUAAGAGAUUCGAUAGGUUCUUGAGUGGAAUCCUCGAAGAACACAAAAUCAAGGCCGGAGAAGAUGACAGAAAAGAGAAACACUCGGAUUUGUUAAGUACGUUAAUCUCAUUGGAGAGUGCUGAUACUGAAGGCGGAAAGCUCACCGAUAUUGAAAUUAAAGCACUACUUUUGAACAUGUUCACAGCUGGAACAGAUACAUCUUCAAGUACCGUUGAAUGGGCAAUGGCUGAGUUGAUUCGGCAUCCCAAAAUCAUGGCCCGAGCUCGUCAAGAACUCGACUCUGUCGUGGGUCGAGGCCGCCUUGUCUCCGACUUACACUUGUCAAGUCUAACCUAUUUCCAAGCCAUCAUUAAAGAAACCUUCCGCCUCCACCCGUCCACGCCGCUCUCCCUUCCACGGAUGGCCUCUGACAGCUGUGAGAUCAACGGCUACCACAUCCCCAAGGGCGCCACCCUCCUGGUCAAUGUAUGGGCCAUUGCUCGUGACCCUAACGAGUGGAACGACCCGCUCGAGUUUCGACCCGAGAGAUUCUUAUCGGGCGGCGAAAAGCCGAAUGCCGAUGUUAGGGGUAAUGAUUUCGAGGUUAUACCCUUCGGCGCCGGACGUAGGAUCUGUGCCGGAAUGAGCUUGGGAUUGCGCAUGGUCCAAUUGAUGACGGCGACAUUAGUGCAUGCUUUCGACUGGGAGUUGACCGAUGGAUUGAAGCCGGAAAAGCUGAACAUGGAGGAAGCUUAUGGAUUGACUUUACAACGUUCGGCGCCCUUGAUGGUGCAUCCGAGACCGAGGUUAUCGCAGCAGGCAUACUAAUCGCCGUCGUCUCAUGCAUCUUAACGGCAUUUACGUUUGGGUUUGAGUUCGUUAUUAUCAGAGAAGAUUUCCAUGCACUGCAUGUCCAUGGCUAUAGUUAGGAUUGGGGCUAGCUACAUAUAUAUA